ACCGGGCGCGGGUUGGAAUUGCUAUAUCUCUGCCUCACCUGCCCCCAGGCCUGCCUCGCCGCGCCGAUGUAAGACUUCUCCAUUCAUUACCUACUGCCUCCCCCCUCUGUCUUUCUCCAACCAUGUCUGUCAUGAUGGACUCCUCCGCCCACUUCCAUCAACCAGCACACCUGCAUCGCGUGCAUUCCGCCAUUCCCAGUCACCACUCUCUGCACCCCAUCAACAGCAGAGGCGGCAUUCAAAAGCGUACAGCACUGCCUCGGGAUCGUUCCGUAUCAACCGCGCAGGCCGAGCGACUGCAUCACUUGGCCGCAGACCAAGCACACCAGCCUUCCAAUCGUUCCGUCAACUCGCCAGCCUUAUCUGCGCAUUGGUUGACUCCACAGCCAUCGCCGCAACCGCACGCAUACCCUGCCGAAUCCUCCGCCGAAGCUCUUCCGCAAUGGACCGUCCCAACACCGCCCAAGUCGGACCCGGGCGUGCAUCAAAUCAUGACAAUCGGCUCCAAUGACGUCCAAGCACCCGCCGGCACCUUUGACCAUUUCGAUCAAUCGGCCGCUGCUGCUGCUUCCGCGGAAAUGAGCUCGCUGGGCUAUCUUCUACCCUCACAAUACGGGGCGCCCAGUGUCGAGGGAGAGUCGAACAGGCCCAACUACAACCACGCCGUCCGAGUAUCACAGCCAGCGGCAUCGACGGGUGCCCCGGCAUACACGCCAACGAUCUCGUCGAGUCCGGCAAUCUACCCACACAAGCCUGCGACCGUCCCAAGCACUAGGGAUCGACGGCCCUCCGAGGCAUCGAUCGCGACGCACACCGAUUCCCCUCACAUGCAAAGCUACAGACGACCCAGCAAUGCCUACGAAGCGAUCCCAACGACCGAGUUCCCCAUGGGUUCCGGUCACACCGUUCCGUCCAUGGAACUCCCAACGCGUACGAGAAUGCAAUCUACGCGCAAUCCUUUGCCACUCCGCCGGCAGCAGCAGGCAACAUCUACGCGCCUUCCACUCACCAUCCCCUAAGCUAUCCGCCUCCCUUCGUGGGCAGCAGCGUGAAUGAGGCACUUUCAAAGCCGCUGGGCAGCGACUCGUCGAUACGGAUACUCAACCAGAGACCCAAGCCCCAGUGCUGGGAGCAUGGAUGCAAUGGACGGCAAUUCUCGACAUUCAGCAACCUGUUACGACACCAGCGCGAAAAGUCUGGCACGGCGGCGAAAUCAUAUUGUCCCAAGUGCGGUGCCGAGUUCACCCGGACGACUGCGCGCAACGGCCAUCUGGCUCACGAUAAAUGUACCAAGCAAGGACGACCAUCGGAAGAAGCGAACUGAGCG